AGAUUUUGUUUGGAAACUUUUCUCAAGUAUGAUGAAAAUGAUCUCACAAAAUGGUGUCAACACAGCGCCUUUUGCUGGCUAAAGCUUGUUUUGCAGCGUGCAACUGACACGGUACACCAGUGAUGGCAAAUAAUUAGACAUUACAAUAACAUAUCGCAGUCGGUGGACAUGUUAUGGCUUCUUCACGCGGAUGGCUCUACCUGACUAUGUUGUUUGCAAUAUAUUUUAUAUGUUUUUUAUUUUUAUUUUUUUUGCUAUUGAGCCACAGCUUGUUCCCACCUCCUACUUUGUACGUAAGGCGCUGCGUCAGCCGCGCGUAAAGUUGUGUUGACAGGGGCGGCAGCGGCAGGAGUUGUCAGCGGAACCAGCCUCACCGGAGCCGAAUGGCGUAAUCUCAAAGCUAUAAUUCUACACGGCGCCUGCGUUAUUGCUGCCAAGCGUUUUUUUGUAUUCUCCAAGGAACAACAAUGGCAGAUGAGCAGCCCUCUCAGUCCUGGUCAAUCGACAGGGAUGACUAUGAACUCAAUGAGGUGAUAGGGAGUGGAGCCACUGCAGUUGUUCAAGCAGCAUACUGUAAGCCGAGGAAGGAGAAGGUGGCUAUCAAACGCAUCAACCUGGAAAAGUGUCAAACUAGCAUGGAUGAGCUUCUGAAAGAGAUUCAGGCCAUGAGCCAGUGCCACCAUCCAAACAUUGUGUCUUAUUAUACCUCCUUUGUGGUGAAGGAUGAGCUGUGGCUGGUCAUGAAGCUGCUCAGUGGUGGCUCAGUGUUGGACAUAAUCAAACAUAUCAUCUCACGUGGUGACCACAAGAACGGAGUGUUGGACGAGGCCAGCAUCGCCACCAUCCUGAAGGAGGUCCUGGAGGGGCUGGAGUACCUUCACAAAAAUGGGCAGAUCCAUCGGUGUUGAUGCUGACUCUGCAGAACGACCCCCCGACGCUGGAGACGGGUGUCACAGAUAAGGAAAUGGUGAAGAAAUAUGGCAAGUCAUUCAGGAAGAUGCUGUCCUUGUGUUUACAGAAAGAUCCCGAGAAAAGGCCAACUGCUGCUGAGCUGCUGAAGCACAAGUUCUUCACAAAAGCCAAGAACAACGAGUACUUGGAGGAGAAGCUCUUAAUGAAAGGUCCCACAAUAUCAGAUCGCUCUAAAAAGGUGCGCCGUGUGCCUGGCUCAAGCGGCCGUCUCCACAAGACUGAAGACGGCGGGUGGGAGUGGAGCGAUGAUGAGCUGGAUGAGGAGAGCGAGGAGGGAAAAGCCGCUGUGGCAGCUCUGAGGUCUCCCAGGGUGAAGGACGGGUCCCAGAAUAUGGAGCUUUUCCCACCUGCGGACAGCUCUGCAUCACACCUGCAGCCUCCGGGUGGCGCACAGGAGAAGCCUGCCAGUGUGGGUCCCACGGGAGACGAAGCUCCGCCUCCUGCUGCCGCUCAGACGGCCAGUCCUUCACACGGGAUUACGGUUCAGGUUCCAGUUGCCACCUCCAGCGUUCCCAUCAGCCUCGUUCUUAGAUUGAGGAACCUGAAGAAGGAGCUCAAUGACAUCCGGUUUGAGUUCAUGCCAGGCCGAGACUCUGCUGAUGGAGUUUCUCAGGAGUUGGUCUCGGCUGGUCUGGUUGAUGGGAGGGACUUGGUCAUUGUUGCUGCCAAUUUGCAAAAGAUUGUUGAAGAUCCUCAAAGUAACAAAAAUCUCACGUUUAAACUGGCGUCUGGUGUGGAGGAGUCGGAGAUUCCUGAUGAUAAUAAACUGAUUGGAUUUGCGCAGCUCAGCAUCAGUUAGGUUGGGCAGAACUGGCAACAGAGAGUUACGGUAUUGCACAGCUGCAUUGUAGUCAACUUCAAGAAACCACUACUGCCAAAGAUGAUGAUGAUGAUGAUGAUGAUGAUGAUAAGACGUGAAGCUGGCAGAAGUGUGACGCUACUGCAGGAUGCACGAGGACCACACAGAGGGGUUCAGUUCAUCACGGGAAUCACACUUGAAAUGUUUACAGUGCGCUUAAACAGUAAAUGAGAGAAGAAAUGCAAUCAAUUAUAUUAACUCCUAAUUUCCUUCAGUUUGAAACUCCCUCCUCAGACACGAGCACAAUCCAAAACAUCUUGUAUUAGUAGUGGGAAUGAAUGCCUUUAUUUCUCUUUAUUCUUAAAAUCCGCUGUGCCACAAAACUGAAAAGUGUCAUGCCACCUAACCAGGGCGCUUCCUGCUGCGCUGAAACUGACGAGUGGAAGUUCAGCCUUAGUUUUAAAAGACCUCCAGUGUGUUCCAGUGUGUUUGGUUUAAAGUUCAAAUGGGUCUGAAUCCCAUCGAGAUGAUCCCUCCCACGUAUUCCGAUACGACCUCUGAACACACUGAAGCACUCUUUUCUCUUGUAAUUUUCUAAAACUCAGAUUCAAGUUGGUCCAAAAAACAAAAAACUGAAAUCCUUUUCACAUAUUUAAGGCAGCCCGAGGAAUUCUGCCAGUGUUAUAAAUGUAGAUUUGUUUUCUAAACCAUAAGAGUUUUAGCUCUAAAGCAGCGUUGUCUCGAUUUAAAACAAAAACACGCCGUCAUAUGUCGUGGUGUAGUAAAGACGGGUUUAUUUCCACCCCCUGACACCUGUCUGAUCUCCUACUAUGCAAUAGUGCUGUUCACGUUGUCGUGUGUGAGCACCAGUUGCUGUUGAUGCUUGUUUAGUUUAGCAUAAAACUGCUUUUUGUCUGUGCGCCUCAAAGGGAGUUCAUAACCAGAACCUUCUAACAUCACAAAACUAAAUCCUGAGUCAGUCGGACGCUGAUGAGGUGCUUUGUGUUGCGUGCUGGCUGCCGGUGAACUUCUGUGGAGGUAUGCAUGCUCAGAAACUUCCUAUGUUCCUCCAAAGUGUAAUAAAGCUUACCGGGACCGUUCUCUCAAAUAGCUGUUCAGGUUUCGUUUUGGCUCGCAGGUCUUUUGGUGUCGCGUUUAAAAGUUAGCAUAACAGCUCUGAGAUUUAGCUACCGCAACGACACGAUGAACACAAACGUGUCCAGCCCUGGUUGUGGGCGGUGUUUUGUUUUUGUCCACGACUGAAAUGCCAUGAAAUCUGCUCGACUUUUACUGGUAUUCAGUGUCUAUUUAAAAUAACUUGAUGCGUGCGACAUCGGCACCGGACGUGUGGUUUCAGGGAAAGAGAUUACUAACAUUUUUUUAAAUGUUCUCAAUUUUUCAAUUGCCAAAAUGUCUAAACGGAUCGUUUUGGUUCCAAAAAAUGGUGAAAGUCUGAACUCUGGUCCAUUGAAUUCCCCCAAAUCUUGAAGUUGUUGGUUUCAUUCAGUGCCUUUGCAUAGCUUUUGAUUUAUUGUGAGGAAGUGUGCACCGAUCAGUUGGGUUGAAUUUUUUUUUUAGCCUUGUUGGCAUGGCGACAUGCUAGGAUGAGCAGGAGUUUAACCCCAAAACGUCCCAUUUACCUUUUCCAUUAAAUUAAACGUUGUUUAAACCAAUCAGUGCUGUCUGCAUGGGCAACGAUGGGCAAAAUCACACACAAAACACCUUUUAUGUAACUUUGACUGUAAUGUUUUUAUUUUUAUUAACACACCAUGAAAUCACCAUCACCACUCCCAGCAUGUCUUUUUUUUUUUCGUACCCUGUGCAAAGGGCCGUGACCCGGCCCCUAGUUCGGGCACUGAUGUAAGUGGUAAUGAUGUAGUAAAUGUACAUACGAAGGCACCCCCACACCAGGUUUGUCGGUAACGGCCGACGCUUCGACCGUUUUAAUUGUUGCAGAGUUGACAUUUCACUUGUACAUAUCAAAACCGUGGAUUCAGUUUGAGAUCACAACAUUUGGUUGGUUUGUGGUGUUUUCCACUCCUGGCCUUUCAACAGCCUGAGCACACACACACUCUCAGGUCAGGCUGCACCUCGUAGAAAUGUGAACUUCUGCAGUUUGAAUUUACAUGAAGCUGUAAUCACUGCAUUGUUUUUUUCUCUGAAACCAGUUCAAGGAGACCGUUUCACAAGACUGAUGAGAGGAUGUAAUAAUGGAGUUUUGAGGAUUUAAUGCUCCUCUCUUUGGUCAACAACUUGCCGCUGCCUCUACACAAGGUCUCUGAGUGAUGAUUAUCUUAGAUUGGCAAGGGUUUGUUUCUGUUUUAAGGCAUUUCCAAUUAAAGUGUUGAAAUUGAUGUUUAAUCGGUAAAUGAGAACAACCAGACACAAUUUAAAGCAGAGUACUUGCGUUAACGUGUAAGGAGAUUCUUAAAUGAUUAUCUACAUUGUUCACAUGAAGCUGAUUUGUAGUCUUUGAAUAAAGUCAGAUGAUGGGAUGAAA